CCGGCGAGGCGGGCGGGGCGGCUGCUGGGGUCCGUCGUGCGGGGAGCGCCAUGGCGGCCGCGCGGUGCCUGCUGCUGCUGCUGCUGCUGGCGGGACUGCUGGCGGGGGCCGAGGCGGGCGGCGGGCUCUACUCGCGGGAGGCCAACGAGGCCGCCACAGCCUCCGCCGCCGAGUUCCGCCUGGUGCGCCUGAACCAGCUGUGGGAGAAGGCGCAGCGCGUGGGGCUCCCGGCGGUGCGCCUGGCCGAGCUGCACAGCGACCUGCGGCUGCAGGAGAAGGACGAGCUGAGCUGGAAGAAGCUGAAGGCGGCCGGGCUGGACGAGGACGGGGAGCGGGAGGCCCGCCUGAGGCGCCGCCUGGAGGUGACUAUGACUAAAUACGGCUUGAGUGGGAAGAAGGAGGGGCAGCAGUGGGAGACCAACCACAUCCAGGAGGGCUUCGGGCAGGAUGGCCUUGGGGACCCCCGGCUGGAGAAACUCUGGAACAAGGCCAAAAGCUCCGGGAAGUUCUCGGAGGAGGAGCUGGAGAGGUUGUGGAGGGAAUUCCAGCACCACAAAGAGAAAGUCCACGAAUACAACAUUCUGCUGGAGACCGUGAGCCGGACGGAAGAUGUCCACAAAAACACGAUCGACCGCCCGGCGGAGGAAGAGAGCGCAGCCAGGAAGGAGCUGCUGCAUCGCAAGCACUCGGAGCUCCAGGAGCAGCUGCACAGCAUCAAGCAGGGCUUCGAGCGCCUGCGCAAAGUCAGCCACCAGGGCUACGAUUCCGCCAGUGACUUCGAAGAGCCCCGUGUGAUUGACUUGUGGGAGUUGGCUCAGUCCACCAACUUCACCGCGCAGGAGCUUGACUCCCUCCGGGAGGAGCUGAGGCAUUUUGAGGCCAAAGUGGAGAAGCAUCACCACUAUCAGAAGCAGCUGGAGAUCUCCCACCAGAAGCUGAAGCACGUGGAAGGAACGGGGGACAAGGAGCAUCUCGGCCGCAACAAGGAGAAAUACGCCGUGCUGGAAGAGAAGACGAAGGAGCUGGGCUACAAGGUCAAGAAACACUUGCAAGAUUUGUCCAGCAGAAUUUCCAGAGGCCUCCAGCACAACGAACUCUGACGCUUCACCUGCUCAGCCUUCAGUCCGGAAAUGCAGACAUUGCCUGGCCUUCGGCCGCAGAUCUUCACCGGGGUUGCUUUGGGUUUUUCUCCCUGAUGAAGUCGAAGUCCCGAUCCCACCCGGGUGCUGCUGCUUCAUGGCGGCGAACAUAAAAUCCUGCUGGAGACAAAGGUCCCCUGGCGGUUGAUGGGAAGGGCACAUGUGGCAGGCCCAGUGGUUUUGUUCCAGGGCGCACCCCCCCACACACACACACACCCCGUACGAACACAGAUGCGAACCCCGUUAGGAAGUCCCUGCUGUGCUCCCGUGCGCCCUGCCUGCCUAAGCCAGAAGCCUCUGCCCAUGUUUUUGGCUCACGCCUGUUGCUCUAAGGCCGAAAGGGGAAGUGGCCGCCUCUGCUGGCUGCUGAGCAGAAGGGUGGAGUCUCUGGGGCAGCCCCACCGGUCACCUGCUCCAUCAAUUUGGGAGGGGGCUGUAAGCAGGAAGGACGCCGUGCUGGGGGGGGGAUGCCUGGAAUUGACCGCGGGCUUUUCAGGAUUU